AUGGGCCAGGACGACAUGGAGGACAUCAACCGACAGAUAGAAGAGCUCACAGCCACACGCACAGUGGCCAUUGCCAGAGGCGACAGCACUGACCUCGAGCAGUACGACGAGCAGAUACGCGCGCUCUUCACCAAGGCCAAACGAACCGCCAUCAACCGCAAGACAAUACUUGCCAACAACGCCAAGCAACGCGAUUCGUCACGCAGCAACAUAUCAGCCUUAUCAUCCAAGAGCACCAAGCCCACGAAGCGCAGCGAUUCAUCUAAACUUAACAACACCCUGCCAAGCGCGAGCAAGGGACGGGCAGACUAUGUGGAGGCUGUGCGUGUGGAGGAAUACGCUAAAAACAAGGCCAACAAAGGGGCCAAUCCCAACAAGAAGCCCAUCAACGGCCAUGUGUUCAAGACUGUCAGUGUGGGUGUGCCAUCUACGUGUCACCACUGCAAGAAGAGUAUUCUUGGGAGCAUCAGGUCCACUAGCAAAUGCACGAACAAGCAGUGCUCGAUACUGGUGCACAAGAAAUGCCGUGAACUAUGCAGCCCUUGCCCGCAGUAG